AUGUUGUCUCAGAUAGUUACAGCUGCUCGUGGCUUGUUCAAGAUAUCUGACGACGCCGAAGACACGGCGUCCGAACAAGAACAGCCCACCGACAUGGCCACGGCAACUCAUAAUUCGACUUUUUCGCAGGAAACGCCUGCGACCCAUGACUCCCCGAUUUUGAGUGCAAAGCGCAAAAAGACGCCAUCAACCGUGGCAGAAAAUACGAAUAAUAGGCCGCAGAAGAGACGGAAGGGUCAUUCAAGCAGGAACGCUUCUGAAUCUGGCGCUUCAACUCCGGCGACAUCUGUGGGAGAGGGUACCAAGUCUAAGCGGCUGCAGGUGUUGGAGUCUGUUACGAUAAUUAACCGACCAAAUACGGAUUCGACCUCGACGGCGCCUGUGGAUAGCAAACCCUCCAUGCCUAAUCUAAGGAAAAUCCGCUUUGGAAGUGAGGAACCUGCUCAAGCUAACGGCGCCCACCUAGAGGAUGAUGAAGAGAAGGAAGACAACAGUACGGAAUUGAAGAAUGGAACCGCGUCGCAAGUAGACAGAGAAGCAGAUGACGAUGAGAGUAGUGAUGACGAAGCUCCGGAAGCGUUCAGCAAUGCUGUGCAGCUAUCACAAAUACGCGACGCGGAACGUAAAAAAGAAGAGACGAGGCAGAUGCAUGAGCAAUUGAGAAGGGAAAAACGAAGAGAACAUGAAAAACGUUUACAACAUCAAGCCGCUUCAAAAGCUGCCAUUCAAAAGGCAGCGGACGCCCGACGGGAAGCCAAGGCUAGAAAGGCGGAAGCUAGGGCAGCAAAGCACGACGAACAACAGUCCGAAACCUCAAUGACACUCAGUGCUGAAACACGAGACUCUAAAUUGAGUCUAUCCAGGCCGCUGCCAGCACUGCUUCCCGAUGAGAUUUUGAAUGCAGAGCCGUCGGCUCGACCAUCAAUAACUGCGUUUGAAGCAGAAAAGCUACAGACGGGCAAACCGAGACAUAUCAGGCUUACAGAUGCAGCCGAAAAGGCACCAAAGGACAUAAAAGUGGGAUUGACUGCUAUCAGAGUGUUGAGUCAUUCGGGCAAUGGCUUCAAUUCUGCUCUACCACCGAAGGCGUCAAAUGCCAGCAAGCGCGUUAGGGAGAACUGGGUUGGUGGGAAACGAAAAAGAGGAGCCACCGGGGCAUUGCGACAUAGUACCGGAGGCCCAAGAAGCUUUGUACAAAAGUGA